AUGAGGUCUUCUUCUUCUACUGCUGCUGAUUCGGGUAUGAUCAAUAUCGCUGCGAGUGCUCAGAAGCUUGAUGUUGAUAAUCGAAUUGCUCUUCGGUUUUAUUAUCGGGUUGCUGAUAACAUACUUCGGCAGGCCGACAUCUUUCGCGCAGAGAAGAACAUCAUUGACCUAUAUGUCCUGCUUUUGAGAUUUUCUAGUUUGGCAUCUGAGACAAUACCGCGUCACCGAGAGUAUAGAUCAUCUCCACAAACCAAGAAACAGUCAUUGAAAAAGAGAUUGAAUGAACUAGAGAAGCUGAAACCAUUAGCCCAGCAGAAGAUCAACGAGAUUAAGAGCAGAAAUGCUCACCGACAAAAUGGACGGGGGAAUUUUCAUUCAAAUAAUAACGUGGAUUUUUCUUCUGUGCAAAAGCAAACUUUGGCUAGUAAUGGCCAAAUAAAGCCUGUCAGAGCAACUGCUAUGGAAUUUGCUUACCAAGGAUCAAGUGGUCAACAUUUCUCGCAUGUCAAGCCUGUAGAAGAGCACGUGCGAAGACUAUCUCUAACUCUGCCACCUCCAAAGGAGGAAACUCUCUCUAGACAUUCUAUUCUUGGUCCCAAUGGGCUUAAUGGGCAGUGGCGGUCACCUACUAUUGACACAGGGGUCAGGUAUCCAUCCAACGUAGAUCUGUCUCCAGUUGAACUGCCAAGCUUGCAACGUCACUUGAAAGAUGUAUCUCCGAGUAAUAAAGAUAGUAGCAUUGCAGAACUCCACAAAUUAGAUUUAAAUUCAAUUCCUACCGAGAGCGAAAUCAGCAACCCUGCACUUCCAAAACGAGCGUAUUAA